AUGGGUGUUCCUAAAUUCUUCCGAUGGCUGAGCGAGCGGUAUCCGUCCAUCUCGACCCUGAUCGCAGAGAACCGGAUACCCGAGUUCGACAAUUUGUACCUUGACAUGAACGGUAUUAUUCACAAUUGUACACACAAAGACAGCGAUUCUCCGACUUUCCGCAUGACGGAAGAUAAAAUGUUCAUUGCGAUUUUCAAUUACAUCGAGCAUUUGUACGGAAAGAUCAAACCGAAAAAGCUCUUUUUCAUGGCGGUGGACGGUGUCGCUCCCCGUGCCAAAAUGAACCAACAACGCGCAAGACGAUUCCGGACUGCGCUGGACGCUGAGGUAGCGAAGGACAAGGCCAUCAGCCAGGGCAUUGAGAUGCCUAAGGAGGACCCGUUUGAUAGUAACUGUAUUACACCGGGAACCGAGUUCAUGGCGAAAUUGACCGAACAAUUGAAAUAUUUCAUCAGCAAGAAGAUCUCGGAAGACAAAGAUUGGCAAGGUGUUGAGAUUGUGCUUUCAGGUCAUGAAACACCAGGAGAAGGAGAACACAAGAUCAUGGAAUACAUCCGGCAUGCGAAAGCACAGCCCGGUUAUGACCCGAAUGUUCGCCACUGUCUUUACGGCCUCGAUGCGGACCUCAUCAUGUUGGGUCUUCUGAGUCACGACCCCCAUUUUUGCCUGCUCCGUGAGGAGGUCACUUUUGGACGUCAGGUCCAGAAAAAGUCCAAGGAGUUGGAACAUCAAAAUUUCUUUUUGUUACAUUUAUCUAUGGUCCGAGAAUAUUUGGAGCUAGAGUUUCAAGAGCUGGAGAAAGAGGGUGCUUUGGCUUUCCCUUUUGAUAUGGAACGAGUCAUCGACGAUUUCAUACUGAUGGCUUUCUUUGUGGGAAAUGAUUUCCUUCCUAACCUGCCUAAUUUGCAUAUUAAUGAGGGCGCAUUGGCACUGAUGUUCAAGAUGUACAAAGAGAUUUUGCCCAAAAUGGGUGGCUACAUCAACGAAGGAGGUGUGAUUAACAUGGAACGACUGGGGUUGCUUCUGGAUGGCCUGAGCGAUGUGGAAUUUCGCUUUUUCGAGGCCGAAUUCUCGGAUGCGCAAUGGAUUCGGGCCAAGAAGAAUGGUGCCGAGGACAACGCCGAACUUGGGGCGAAACCCAAGGGCCUUGCCAUCACACCGGCCCAGAAGAAUCUUUUCAAGGAUGUCAAGAAGUAUGUUCUGAACCGACCUGAAAAGGCAGCAGAUACGAAACCGCUUGACUUCCCUCCUACUCUCCCUGCCCGCGACCGCAAGUUUAUUGAGCAGCUUGCAGAUGACCUGCGGCUCCCGUGGACCACCAUCUCGGAUGAUCAUGGAGAACGGUUCAUUAGGGUGCAGCUACCCGCCAAAGAUGAUGAUGACAGCGAAGAUGAAGAUGAGGAGGCCUCGAUGGCCGUUCAGCGUAUCAUUCGCAAGUAUGAUAAUGCCAAGGUGCAGGAGCUGUCCCCUGAGGAAGCUCAGCAAGCAGCCGAGAAGAAGUACGAAGAGAAGUUCCAGGAAUGGAAAGACAAAUACUACGUGACGAAGUUUGGAUGGGGUCUGGAGAAUCAUGAAGAAAUGCGAAAACUUACGGAGAACUAUGUUCAAGGUUUACAAUGGGUUCUAUACUAUUACUACAGGGGAAUUGCGUCCUGGCCGUGGUUCUUCGGAUAUCACUAUGCCCCAAUGAUCUCUGACGUGAAAAAGGGACUGAAGGCAGAUACGAACUUCAAGCUUGGUCGACCCUUCAAGCCUUAUGAGCAGCUUAUGGGUGUUUUGCCUGACCGGAGUAAGAAGACCGUGCCGAAGGCGUAUUGGGAAUUGAUGACGUCGGAGGAUUCGCCAAUCAUUGACUUCUAUCCGCGUGACUUUGAGCUGGACAUGAACGGUAAAAAGAUGGAGUGGGAAGCUGUCGUCAAGAUUCCAUUCAUUGAUCAAGACCGCCUGUUGGACGCGCUGAAAACGAAGGAACAUCUACUAACCCCGGAAGAAAAAUCUCGCAAUGGAUUCGGGACCAGUCUGAAGUUCACCUACUCGCCAGAUGUGCAAUACGCUUAUCCCUCGUCGCUUCCGGGCAUCUUCCCCGAUAUUCCUAGCUGCCAUUGUAUCCAGAACAUUUUUGAUCUGCCUACCAUGGACGGCCUGGAGCCGUACAUUGGAUUGAUGGAUGGAGUACAUCUUGGAUCCGCGGCAUUGGCAGGCUUCCCGAGUUUGAAGUACUUGCCCCAUGUUGGCCAAUUGGGCUUCCACGGAGUGUGCGUUUUCCAACAGGAAAGCCGCAACGAAAGCAUGGUCAUCACGAUUCUUGACCCCGGAAGCCGCUCGAAUACCGAGCUUGCCAAGAGCAAGCUCGGAAAGCGAGUCUACGUCAACUACCCAUUCUUGCAGGAAGCAUAUGUUGUUCGUGUUUCGGAUGAGCUGUUUGAUUACAUCUUACCCGAGGGUGAGCAGCACGUUGCCUCUAUUCAUCAUACCGAUGUUCAGAUCAACCAGUGGAAGAAGAAGGCAGAAAAGAUCGAAGGAAGCUACAGCCGAGGGCUUGGCACCAUCAUCGGCCCCGUUGAAGUCAUGGUGCAUGUGCAACCACUUAAGGGUCUGAUCAAAACCGACGAAGGGUCCACUAUCAAGGAAUUUGCGGACAUCCCGGGCCAGGAGACGGACUAUGCGCUCCAGAUGAUCGUCGACGAUGUCACGAACCCCGACGAACGCUUCAUUGAACGGGAAGCUCUACCUAUUGAGCAGGAAUUCCCUGAAGGAUCUCGAGCAUUCUUCUUGGGAGACUUCAAUUACGGACGACCAGUCCAUGUGACCGGACACGAGCAGGGGAAGGUGAAUGGAUUGCUCGCAUCCGUGAAGGGCCGGGAUCCGGAAUUUGGACGGGAGCGCGCUAGGGAUGCCGAGAGGCUCUGCCCUUACAUGCCGUCGUACGCCAUUGCCCGCAACCUUCGUUUGAACCCCUUGGUGUUGGCCAAGAUCACCUCUUCCUUCUCGGUGGAUAUCGAAGGGCAGCGGGUGAAUCUCGGUCUCAACUUGAAGUUUGAAGCGCGCAAGCAGAAGGUCCUUGGAUACUCCCGACGGGGCGAAUCUGGUUGGGAGUUCAGCCCCAAAGCGGUCGAAUUGCUCCAGCAGUACAUGAUCAACUUCCCCGAGUUUAUCGCGGGGAUCCAACGCAACCCGCAAAACGACCGGUACAAGCCCACUGAUUUCUACCCCGAAGAGCUUGCUCUUGUGAGAAUGAAGGAGAUCCGCGACUGGCUCAAAUCGAUGGAAGCUAAGAACUUCGAGCGAGUGCCUUUGGAAGCCGAACAGCUUGAUUCGGACAUCGUGAGGCUGAUCGAGCAGGAUGCGGACCAGAUCGGCGUCUCCCAAGCUCAGAUGUCGGUCAAGAAGCUCAAGGGUGUUCCCCGGAGCGCUCUCCUUCGCCCCUCUGACGUCGAGCAACGCCUGGGCAGCCAGACGUUCAAGCUAGGCGAUCGGGUAGUUUACGCCCAGGACUCCGGCAAGGUGCCUAUCGCCACGCGAGGCACGGUUGUCGGACUCACAAGGACAUCGCGAGCCGUUCUGCUCGACGUUGUUUUCGAUGUGUCUUUCAUGAGUGGCACCACUCUGGGUGAUCGCUGCUCUCCUUUCCGCGGUCAAACCGUGCUGGCCUCCUCGGUCUUGAACAUCUCGUACCGACAACUGCUUGCGAACACUCGUGCGGCUUCCAACCAGCAGCAGCAAACCCAACCGACGCCUUUGACGGUUGGAGGUGCUUCUAGGGUUGGGGCACCUUUGAAAGAGGCCCCGGCGCCCGCGCCAUUGAGCCACUCCUACCGCGGUGCUGUCUCGGGACUAGGUAAUGGUCGCGGACGCGGCGGACGUGGCGCCUCCAACGGAGUGGGCGUGCAGACCAGCCUACCUUUCCGGCCUCAUGUUGUCGAAGUGGACGGCUCGAACCGCGGAGGCCGAGGUCGCGGCGGAUCCAACGGCGGCCGCGGCAACCGUGGAGGAGCGAAUCGCGGACGGGGAGGAUACAGCCAGGUAGAUACUGACCCGGAAGCUGGCAUCGUGAAAAACAACCCGAACUUCCGGCCUCAGAACUAUUCGCAGGUGCCACCCCCGAGAGGAGGUGGUCGUAGUGGACGUGGACGUGGAAGAGGAGGAUCGGAGCGAGGAGCUGGAAACCGAGGACGCGGAAGAGGUGCUGCGGCUGUCGUCGGACAAGGCUCAUGA